AGGGCAAGCUGUUCAGCCAACACUGACGUCCUAUAGCUGAUAUCCCUCAAGGUUUUUUAUGUUUAUAUAAAGAAAGUUGGAAAAGGGGUGUUUUUUUACCUUUCUUCAGAGAGAGAUUCACACAAAUAAACUGCCGCAGGGAGACACUGAGAGUGGCACCAUGUGGGACGUAAAGAAGGUGACAUUCUGUCUGCCUAUCCUGCUUGCAGCGGCACUGGCACAAGAUCCCGCAUGGAACAGCUCACAGUUCAGGAUGUGGAGCCAGACGGAGAGAGGCAGAAAACUGGCCUAUAACACACUCCUGGAGCCACAGACUACAGGAGUGACCGAGUGGACGUCCUGGUUCAACAUUGACCACCCCGGAGGGAACGGAGACUACGAGAGGCUGGAGGCCAUCCGCUUCUACUACCGGGAGCGGGUGUGCGCACGGCCCGUAGCCAUGGAGGCUCGCACCACGGACUGGGUGGCGGCUGCAGACACGGGGGAGGUGGUGCACUCCAGCCUGGAGAAGGGGUUCUGGUGCAUUAACAAAGAGCAGCCGUACGGCCGCCACUGCUCCAACUACCACGUGCGCUUCCAGUGUCCACCAGUGCAGGCCUACUGGACGGAAUGGACAGCGUGGGGUCCCUGCUCGGCCACGGCCUGCAACGACGUGGGCAUCCAGGUUCGUCAGCGCAAGUGCAUGAGCAAACAGCCCCUGCCCCUGCUGCUCACACCACCCUGCGAAGGCCCUCACACAGAGAGGAGGGCGUGCGCCACCCCACCUUGUCAAGCCAAGUGGAGUCCCUGGGGUCCGUGGGGUGCCUGCUCGGUGACCUGCGGCAGGGGUCGAAGGGUAAGGAAGAGGACCUGCGUGAGAUCAUCAGACAAGGUGCAAUGCGUGGGACGUCCUGCAGAAGUCCAAAAGUGUGGGAAAUCUCCCUGUCCAGUGGUGUGCCAGCGUGUGUGUCCCGAGGGCCACCCCAGUGAAGACUGCAGUCAUUGCGUGUGUGAGGGUCACCUGCUACAGGGUGAGGUCCUCAGCCUGACCGGUGUCCCUGUGUCCGGAGCUCGAAUCUCUCUCGCAAGCCAGCCCAAGCUCAUCCGUGCCCAGACAGAUGCCAGGGGGCUCUUCAAACUCCCUGGGUUCUGCCCCAGCAAUCAGACCCUCAUCAACAUCCAGAGGGAAAAGUAUGCCCCUCUGACCAUCCCCACACACAGCAACAGCACCAGAACAUCCUGGGUACGGGCAGUCAUGAUGUCAUCGGAGAAACCUUACAUUGUGAAGCAUCCAGAGGACAAAGUGCGGUAUGAAGGGCAGCGUGUGACGUUCUGCUGCAAAGCCACAGGGAUGCCAACACCUGACAAGUACUACUGGUACCAUAAUGGAACAUUGUUGGAUCGCAAGGUGUACAAAUAUGAGGAGGACUUGAUUUUGAGGGACCUCAAGCCAUGGCAGACUGGACAAUACCACUGCAAGGCCAGCAGUGAAACGGGCAGCAUUAAGUCCUCUCCAGCCUUCCUCACUGUCGUUGCUAAAGAUAAACCUGCCUGUGUGUCCACCCCAGAGAGUCACUUAAUCAAGCUGCCAGUAGACUGUGUGCAGCCAGGAACAAACUCCAGGUUCUAUGAUGCUGGACGCUGCCCCCAUAACAAGUGUGCAGGCUCUCUGGACUUUGACCUGCGCUGUAGAGAUGGCCCUGGCUUCUGCUGUGGGGUAAAGCGCAUGGAAACUCGGCAGAUCAACUGUGGCAGCUACACCCUGCCUAUCAGGGCAGUGACUGAGUGCGGUUGCCAGAAAUGUGUGGAGCCCAAGGUCCUGGUGCGGGGCAGGGUGGUUGCUGCAGACAAUGGUGAACCCCUGCGCUUUGGGCACAUCUACAUUGGGAAAGAGAGGGUGGGGACCACCGGAUACCAGGGGAGCUUCACCAUCCAGGUGUCCCCAGACACAGAGAGGCUGGUGGUGAAUUUUGUGGACCGACUGCAGAAGUUCAUCGACACACUCAAGGUCUUCAUCUUUGAUAAAAAGGGGGGUGCUGUCUACCACGAUGUGAAAGUGAUGCGUAAGCAGGAACCAGUUGACAUCAGCUCUGCAGAAACUAAUACAAUCUACCUGGGGGAGAUCAAAGAUGAGGACCCUAUUGGCCAAAUAGUCAUACCACCAAAUUCAUUUCACAAGAACAGUGGGGAGGUUUAUGAGGGCACUGUAAAAGCCAGUGUGACCUUUCUUGACCCUAGGAACAUCACCACUGCUGCUGCUGCACCAGGAGACCUGAACUUUGUUGAUGAUGAAGGGGAUAUGUUUCCUCUCAGGACCUAUGGAAUGUUUUCUGUUGACUUCAGAGAUGAAAGCAACCAGGAGGUUCUUGGGGCAGGGGCUGUCCAGGUCAUGCUGGAUACAGAGCAUGUUAAAAUGCCUGAGCACAUUCCAAAGAUGAAGCUGUGGUCUCUCAACCCUGAAACAGGCAUCUGGGAGGAGGAGAGUGACUUUCAUUACAGUCAGGUUACUGGCGGUGGAAAUGGAAGGAGCAAGCGGGAAGAGCGCACGUUCCUGAUAGGGAACAUGGAAAUCAGGGAACGCAGACUUUUCAAUCUGGAUGUGCCUGAAAACCGCCGCUGCUAUGUGAAAGUGCGAGCAUACAUGAGUGACAAGUUCCUACCCAGUGAGCAGCUUGAAGGAGUUGUCAUCAGCCUCAUCAACCUGGAGCCCAAGCCCGGCUACACUUCCAAUCCUAGGGCAUGGGGCCGCUUUGAUAGUGUUAUAACUGGACCCAACGGAGCCUGCUUGCCUGCCUUCUGUGAUGCUCAAAGGCCUGAUGCUUACACAGCAUAUGUCACUGCCAUUAUGGGUGGUGAAGAACUGGAGGCAGCUCCCUCAGCUCCCAAAAUGAACCCUAAUAUUAUUGGAGUGUCCCAGCCAUACCUGAGCAAGAUAGAUUAUCAACGCACAGACCAUGAUGAUCCAGCUCUCAAAAAAACUGCUUUCAAAAUCAAUUUACCUAAGCCCAAUCCAAAUAAUUUUGAUGAAACAAAUGGGCCAAUAUAUCCCUAUCAGAGUUUAAUUGCCUGUGAAAAUGCACCCAUCGAUGCCAACCACUUCCGCUUCUUUCGUGUGGAGAAGGAUAAGUAUGAGUACAACGUGGUACCUUUCGAAGAGAGUGAUUUGACUUCUUGGACUGGCGACUACCUCUCUUGGUGGCCAAAUCCUCAGGAAUUCCGAGCCUGUUACAUCAAGGUGAAGAUUAACGGGCCCAAUGAGGUCAUGGUUAGGUCACGGAACUUUGGCGGCACUCACCCUCGAACGAGGGGCCAGCUCUAUGGAAUCAGGGACAUUCGCAGCACCCGAGACAUGCACUUGGCUAACACCUCUGCUGCCUGCUUGGAAUUUAAGUGUGGAGGAAUGCUCUUUGAUCAAGCCAUUGUUGACAGAUCUCUCAUUACAGUCCUUCCACAGGGAAACUGCCGGCGAGUGGGUAUCAACAGCCUCUUACAGGAGUACCUCACCAAGCACCCUCCUGUGCUUCCGAACAACGAGACUCAUGCCUUUAACAUGUUGGCUCCUGUUGACCCUCUGGGACACAACUAUGGCAUCUAUACAGUCACAGACCAGAACCCCAGGGUGGCUAAGGAGAUUGCAAUCGGACGCUGCUUUGACGGCACUUCAGAUGGGUUCUCCCGGGAGAUGAAGUCUGACGCUGGGGUGGCCCUGACUUUCACCUGCCCCGAGAGAACAGUGACGCGGGAAAGUCUUUUCCAGCGCCUGCAGACUAACCCUGCCGAAACCCUGGCCCAGGUGGCUCGGGACAUGCGGGAGGCAGGAGGGCUGCAGGUCAGGAGAGGGACUCCCCGAGUGGUAGCGUACCCUUCAGCCCAGCAGAGCAGGGCCCAGAGUCGCAGAACAAAUGGAGCCUCCAACCGGAGGAGAUCUCAAGCCAGAGGGCAGUCCAGGCAAUAAAUUUACUGUUAGAGAAAAUGUGUUUGGUCCAUGGGAUAAAUGUGGUGAAGACAAUGAAGAUGUAUCCUUGCACAGAUCUCAAGCGUGAUGAGCUUGGUGAUGUUGGAUAUGAAGAUUUCCUGACUCUAACAUUGCACAUUCCUCCCAUUAAUGGAGCCAUAUCCCUUACAGUCAUCUUUAACAUCCCUGCAUACCCACCACAAACAGAUCAAAAUAGAGGAAUUUGUAUUGCCUCGUCUUCAAGUUCAAAGAUCAGUUUAUGCACACAAAUAUUCAACCACAAAUUAUC